AGGAACUCUCUUAUCAUCAUAAGUUAUUGGCGCUGUUCUAUACGUGAGCCCCAUGGCAUCUGUCAUGUUGUGUUGCAAGGCCAAAAUCUUUCGAGUGGCCAAACCACCCUUCAAUAUUUCCGCUGUUGGUCCGUCAAGGCCCUUCAGCUAGAGUCCCCAACUUUAGCAGCAAUGUCCUCUCCCCUUUCCCUCCCUACUUCCCCUGUUCCAAGCCAAGCUCCCGUUAUAGACCCCAAGACCCCUGCAUCCACCAACAAGAAUACCCCAUUCAGCCCCCAGCCUCUCCAGCUCCUGCUCGAAAGAAGCACCAGCUUCGCCGAACUCAAACAAAUACAUGCCCAAAUGAUCCGUACCGGCCUCGCCUUCGAGCCCCUCCCCGCAAGCCAUCUCGUCUCCAUCUGCGCCACCAAAGACUUCGGAUCGCUCAACCAUGCCCGCCUCGCCUUCUCCCAGAUCCCCAACCCCACCACCUUCACCUCCAAUUCCAUAAUUCGGGCCUACACCAACAACCACCUCCAUUACGAGGCCCUCUGCUUCUACAUCGAACUGCUUCGAGCGAAUCUCCCUCCUGAUAAGUUUACAUUUCCUUCGCUGUUCAAGUCCUGCCGGGAUCUGAACGGGGGGAAGCAACUCCAUUGCCAUGCCGUCAAGUUUGGCUGCGGCUCGGACGCCUACGUCCAGAACACUCUGAUAAGCAUGUACUCUGCUUGUGAGUGCCUGAGCUGUGCGUGCCGGGUGUUCGACAAAAUGGAGGCGAAGACCGUGGUUUCUUGGGCCACCAUGAUCGCGGCUUAUACCGAGUGGGACCGGCCGGCGGAAGCAUUGAAUCUUUACAGCCGGAUGGAGUCCGAGAAUGUGGAACCCAACGAGAUCGCUCUGGUGAACGUUCUGACGGCCUGCGCGAGGGCCAGGGACUUGAAGACCGGGAGACGGGUCCAUAGAUACGUGGAGGCGAACCGCAUCAGGUUUGAUUUGGUCCUCUGGGCCGCUCUCCUGGACGUGUAUUGCAAGUGCGGCUGCGUUUCGAUUGCUCGCCAACUCUUCGACGGGAUGCCCGGGAGGAACUUGUUUUGUUGGAAUAUCAUGAUCAAAGGCCAUGUCGAGAAUAGCGACUACAAGGAAGCACUGCAUCUGUUCCGGGAGAUGCAGCUCGGUGGUAUCAAAGCCGAUAAAGUGACCAUGGCGAGCUUGGUGCUUGCAUGCUCUCAACUGGGGGCCCUCGAGCUCGGAAAAUGGUUCCAUGCGCACAUCAAUCGGGAGAACAUCGAGGUGGACGUCGUUCUGGGUACUGCACUCGUUGACAUGUAUGCCAAAUGCGGGUGCAUGGAGACGGCGAUGAGGGUGUUCCAUGAGAUGCCUCGAAGAGAUGUCAUGACUUGGACAGCCCUUAUUGGAGGCCUUGCGAUGUGUGGGCACGGGGAGAGAGUCUUGGAGGUUUUCUAUGAGAUGCAGAGGAGUGGGGUGAAGCCCGAUGCUGUUACUUUUGUUGGUGUCUUGACUGCUUGCAGCCAUGCCGGCCUUGUCGAUGAGGGCUGCUCGCUUUUCGAUUCCAUGUCGAGUGUUUACAGCAUCGAGCCCAGCGUCGAACACUAUGGAUGUAUGGUCGACUUGCUCGGCAGAGCCGGCCACAUUGACAGGGCUGAGGAGUUGAUAAGAAGCAUGCCCAUGGCACCGGAUUAUUUUGUGUUAGGAGGCCUCCUGGGGGCUUGCAGAAUACACGGCAACCUCGAGGCUGCCGAGAGAGCUGCACGGCAGCUUUUGGAGCUCGACCCCAGGCAUGGCGGCACGUAUGUGCUCCUAUCGAACAUAUAUGGUUCAUUGGAGAAGUGGAAUGAAGUUGAUAGAAUAAGAGACCUCAUGUUGGAGAGGAAAGUGAAGAAGCCUCCAGGGUGCAGUAUGAUAGAGGUGGAUGGAGAGGUUCAUGAGUUUGCCAUGGGGGACGAAUCGCAUCCUCAAUCUGAGGAGAUAUAUGCGAUGGUAGAGGAAAUGAUGUGCAGAGUGAAAGAAUGUGGUUAUGUGCCGAACAAAUCGGAAGUGCUAUUUGACAUGGACGAAGAAGAGAAGGAGAGUGCUCUGUGCCGGCACAGCGAGAAGCUAGCUAUUGCUUUUGGGCUCAUCGGGACGAGCCCGGGGACGCCAAUUCGCAUUAUGAAGAACCUUCGUGUUUGCAGUGACUGCCAUGCUGCAACAAAGCUCAUCUCCAAGAUUUAUGGAAGGGAGAUCAUUGUGCGGGAUAGAUGCCGUUUCCAUCAUUUCAAUGAUGGAGUCUGUUCGUGUAAGGACUUCUGGUGAUUGUAAGUAAUAUAUAUGUACCACAUCCAAUGGAAGAAGGACUGGUUUUUGUUUUCAGAAUGUUGUUGAUCAGCUUACCCGCACCGCAUAUGGAUCACUAUUCAAGCAAAUGAUGACAACAAUUAUCUUCAAA